AAAGCCGUAGCUCCACUCAUUUAAAUUCAACAAUUACAGUAAGGGUUUUAAAUGCAAAAUCAAAAAAUUAUGAUUUGUGAAAACUACAAAGGAAGCUGAGUCGAAGAAUGUCUAUCUGUAUGACCAUGAGCUUGGCCUUUCUUUUUGGGUUUUUGACAAUUAAGGCUAUUGUGAGAGUAAACCGACCCGUCCGGUUGCUUUAGAAUAUGUUAAAAAACAGACCUAAAGGGGAAACCCUCAACUCAACAACCGUCUCUACCAGUCUCCGGUAUUCUCAUCCCCGAUCCAUAAUGCGGCGAUCGUUAACAUCGCUGGUUCUUCCUCUGGUGGCAAAGAGAGGGUUUAGCACGAACUCUGAGAAUAUUGUUGCAUCUGUGCUGUUCGAGAGAUUGCCUGUUGUUAUUCCAAAAAUAGACCCUGUGGUUUAUGCAUUCCAAGAGUUCUCAUUUCGGUGGAGACAGCAAUAUCGGCGCAGAUAUCCAGAUGAAUUCUUAGAUAAGUCUAAUUCUAGGGGAAAAGGGGACUACCAAAUUGACUAUGUUCCAGCUCCUCGGAUUACUGAAGCUGACAAAACAAAUGAUAGAAAAUCAUUACAGAGAGCACUUGAUCGAAGACUCUAUCUUCAGUCAAGUGGGAUUCUUCUAGUCUGUACUGAACUUCUGAUGCUAUUUAUAUUAUCAUUACAGAGAGCACUUGACCGAAGACUCUAUCUUCUUCUGUAUGGCAAUGCUUAUGGAGCUCCUGAUGGUAAGCCUGUUUGGCAUUUUCCUGAAAAAAUAUAUGAGUCUGAGGAGACAUUGCGCAAGUGUGCUGAGUCUGCUUUAAAAUCUGUCCUCGGAGACCUUUCCCACACUUAUUUUGUUGGAAACGCUCCUAUGGGUCACAUGGUUGUACAGCCUACCGACAAAGUGCAAGAUAUUCCAUCUUGUAAGCGAUUCUUCUUUAAGUCUCAAGUGAUUGCAACCAACAAGUUUAAAAUUGGAAAAUGUGCGGAUUUUGUUUGGGUAACCAAAGAGGAGCUUAUGGAGUAUUUUCCUGAGCAAGCCGAAUAUCUUAACAAGAUGAUUAUCAGCUGAUAUUGAUAUCUUAUUUCACUUCCAAGCCACACAUAAAUGUUUUCUGGAACUGGAUACCAUUAUCUGUUUUGCAUUAAAUUCUUGCAGUUUGAAGGAAUGAAUUUUGACAUUCUAGAUGAAAAGUUCAAGCCGACAGGGACAUUGUGAGCUGCUGAUCACCAUUAUGCAGUCUAGAUGAAUUUUGUUGGGACCAGGAUAUUUGGAAUCUGUUGUUCUCAUUUAUUUUUCUCCUCACCUCUGCCUACCUAUUGCUUCAAACUUCCAAAUUUUGGUCAUGACUAAAUUCUGUAUUUGGAUGGCUAUAUAUCAUAGUUUAGUUCUGCAGAUGUAUAUUUAAUUUCUACAUUGCCUACAAAAUUCCUACAAUACGAAGUAAUUUGGUUUGCUGUUGCAACUACA